AUGGUUGAGUACGAGGUGUCCGGCGACGAGCCGCCAGCCGGGAGUGCACCCGGAGGUACCGCGGAGCCGACGCGGGGCGGGGACUCAAUCGACGGUUACACUAACAACGAACAACAAUCUCUGCGCCGACAGUGCACUCUCUCACAAGCGCGCGCGUCACAUGACUGCUGGCCGCGCGCCGCGCCCCUCCACCACCACCCGCACCGGCCUGCGCACUUAAUUGCUUCAUUUAAACACACGUAA